AUGACCGAAUCUCAAGUCAUCCUUAUUACGGCAGGCCCGUAUCAAUUCCUCGCCACUUUUGAGUCAGACGCACCGAAAACCAACGCAUUAUUUCGAAGCCUACUUCCCUAUCAUCAGAAAUUGAUCCAUGUCCGUUGGAGCGGCGAAGGAUUAUGGAUUCCGCUAGGUGAAACUAAAUUUGGCGUUUCUUACGAAAAUCACACUUCUCAUCCAUCGGCCGGGCAGAUUUUACUAUAUCCGGGUGGCAUUUCGGAGACAGAAUUUCUCUUUUGUUACGGAGGGGUUUCCUUUGCAAGUAAAAUGGGAUCGCUGGCAGCGAAUCAUUUUCUUACCGUGAAGGAAGGCAAUGAGAAUCUCAAGGCGCUAGGAGAGUUAGUCUUGUGGAAAGGAGCACAGGAUGUGGUUUUUGAGGUAGCCGAUGAAGAGAAAAUCCGCAAAUUUCGGAGUCGACCAUCAGCGAAGCUAUAG